AUGGCAACUUCGUUCCGAUAUGCCGCUGGCCUGGCGGUCCUGGCAAGUCUCGCCAAUGCCACAGUGUCGUCUCGGCUGCCCCGGGCCACGAUGACGUUCAACUUCCCCCUCGACCAGUUCGCACCGCGGCCGACCAAGGCACCUGUAUAUGGGGACCUGAGGAAACGGCAGUCGACGUCGGACGUGACCGUCCUCGUCGCCCCGGACAACACGUGCGGCUACGUCUCAGGCCGUGCCGGCGCCGAGUACACCUGCGGCGGCAGCGCCACCUGUGCGUUGAUGCCCCCCGUCAACUCGAACGUCCCCGGCCGGGUCGCCUGCUGCAACACCCAAAACUGCAACGCACCUCGCACGUGUUUCGACUACAAGGACAUUUACACGUCGAGCCUCUGCGACAGUGGCUGCCGCGUGGACACGGACACCCGCAAGUGCACCGAAACGGGGCAGCCGUAUUGCCGCACCGUCUCCUUUUCCGACGACAUCUACGGCUACUGGUGCGCCUCGGAGGAGAACUCGACUCCCCAGGCCGUCUUGACCACGUACGCCGGCCAGCGGGCCCGGCAGUGGUCCGAGUUGGUCGUGACGCUCGGCGACACCACGUCGAGCAGAGCCACCAGGCCCACCGGCCCCACCGCCACCUCGGCGUCGGCCCGAGGGUCGUCGACCUCCCCCGCCCCCGUACCGGACCCGGAAGACGAGACGUCCUCCACCCCCAUCGGCGCCAUCGUGGGCGGCGUCGUCGGUGGCGUCGCCGUCAUCGCCCUCGCUCUCUUCGGCAUCUGGUUCUUCAUCCGGAAGAAGAACCACAACGGCGGGCCUCAGGGCCAGCAGCAGCAGCAGCAGCCGCAGCAGCCGCAGGGCUCGCCGUCGCAGUACGCCGCCACCACCCACACGCAGUCUUUCCACGACCCCAAGUUCGGCGGGCCCAACGGCUACCCGCAGUCCUUUGGCGGCACGCCCCCUCCCCCGCCGCAGGACGGGUAUCAGCAUCAGCAGCCCUACUUCGCCGGCAACGCGGUGCCCGACCGCACCGACACGACGAGCCCCGGCGCCGUGUCCCAGAUGACGUACAGCAACACCAACAACGACAUGAACAACCGCUACAGCAUGCAGGCCGCCAGCCCCCAAACAACGCAGGGAGGGUUCCAGCAGUUUGGCCAAGCGCCACCGGCCCAGCAGCAGCAGCAGCAGCAGCCGCCGCCGCCGACGAUCCACGAGGCGCCGACAACCGUCGACGGCCACCGUGGACACAUGCACGAGCUCGCCUGA